CUCUUCACAUGUCUUUGUUCCAUGUGAAUGGAUACUUCUUUUCCCAUCCCCUCUCUUCCCCAAUUCUCUCUCUCCAUCACAAACAAUGCCCGCUCACGGACAACCCUCGCCCAAUAAAAAGCUCAGCUUUAUACAAUCUUCCCCAAACCAAGCUUUGGAGACCAAGCCAUGGCGGCAAACUUCAUCCUCUUCCCUCUUCUCCUUCUAUUCUUAGUUCCAGUCAUCCAUUCAAGCUCCCUUGUUAAUGUUACUGUGGUGGGCACCGUCUUCUGCGAUGCUUGCUCCGAGAACACCUUCUCUAAGCACAGUUACUUCCUCCAAGGGGCCACAGUGCAGAUAUCCUGCAAGUUCUCCACAGAGACAACAUCAGGGGAGGAAAUCUCCAUCAACACAAAGCGCACCACAGACAAAUUCGGCAUCUACAAGCUUGAAAUUCCCCCUGUCGAUGGCUUCCAGUGCAGCGAAGGGAGAGCAUUGCAAUCAUUCUGCAAAGCAAGCCUGGUACAGAGCCCAUCACCUCUCUGCAACAUACCCAGCUUAAGCUCUUCCAAGCAGCAUUUAGCUUUCAAGGCUGGAGGGUUCAACUCAUGCAUUUAUGACUUGAACGCACUCAGUUAUAAACCAGCUCAAAGGGAUUCUUCUUUCUGUAGUACUAAAACUAAAGUUGGUACAGGUUUAGUUACCGUUAAGCCACAAAAUUCAAAUUCUGCACUUUUCUUUUGGCCGCCCUUCUUCCCUUGGCCUAAUUGUCCUACCUUCCCUUUCCCUUUUCCUUUCCCCUUCCCUUUCCCCUUCGCUUCGCCGCCGCCACCUCAAUUUCCGUUUCCCUUCCCCAUCCCCUUCCCAUCGCUACCGCCGUUCAACCCAAUACCUACACUUUUUCCGCCACCGCUGUCACCACCUUCUUCUCCGGCGCCGGUUACUUUCCCGUUUCCUUUUCCGCCUCUGCCUCCCUUCCCGUUCCCUCACCCGCCAUCUCCACCUGUAACAGCCUUUUCUUUGAGCGACCCUCAAAGGCAAAAUCAGCAGCCUUAA